AUGCCUUCCACUAUCGAUAAUGAGGGCCAUUUCAAAUUCCUUCUGAGCUGCAUCAAACACUCAACCGCCGGCAAGGUUAACUUCUCAGCCGUGGCUGAUGAGCUGAGCAUCGUCUCCAAGGCAGCUGCUGCCAAGCGAUACGAGCGACUUCUCAAGUCGCACGACAUUUCUCCCUCCAGCCCACGCAAGGCCGCUGCGGCCUCAAAGGACAAAGGCGAUGAGGACGCUGACUCCGAAGCCAAGGCCGCCCCCAAGGCUCCUGCUGGCCGAAAGCGCAAGCGGGAGAACGCCGCCGCUACUGUCAAAGAUGACGAGGACGAGGACGUCCCCGUCAAGAAGGAGAAAAGGCGCCGCGUGAAGAAGGAGACCGGCGUCAAGAAGGAGGAGGACUCCGAUGAGGACGUCAGAGUCAAGGGCGAAGGCUCCAGCAACGGUUCGUCAAAACGUGAUGCUCGUGAUACCGAAGACUGUGAUCUAUACGCCAUACCAGAGGCCUUUCCGCGACCGAGUCGGAGCGAUGAGCUUGUCAGGUCUUCUGCCGAGGAUGAUGCCGACGACUUUUGUGUGGUCACGGGCGAGCGGCCAGUUCGCGCCUCGGUUCCUCACCUCUCGCCGACCUCUUUUGGCCAUGGAGCGCAAUCGAUGUCGAAUCGUGGCCAUGGGUAUGCUAAUUUCGGUUCUGCCCAACAGGAUCUGACAUGGAGUAAUUCUCUUGGACCCAGCAACCGUGAUGUCUUUAUCACAGGGCCUUCUUCUGUCGACCACAGGAAUUGGAGCAUUAGCCCUCACAGCCCGCGGAAGGAUAUCCUGAGAUUGGAUGGCGGCAUUGGUGCUUUCGCCUUUGCGGUUGCGGUUUGGCUCUGGGCUUUUCAUUUGGGUCUUUCUCCCUUCGCCGGCGUUCGAUCCGGCCAGUAG